UUGUAUGAAAAAAGAACAAGUAAAAUCAGCCCCCGUUUGUUUUCUCUCACAAAGUCACAAGACAGUCCAGACAGGAGCCAGCAGGCAGGCACCUGUCAAGUUGACUAGCUAUUGACAAGUGGGCGGACCAAGCACAGCUCGCUUAGGUGCCUGCAAAGUAAACAAUGUUGGCCCAUUUGCGCAGGAUAUUCGUUAUGCCGACCGCGACUGAUGAUGCAGAGCCACGAAACUAAACAAGAAGCAAGUGUCCCAACUUGAGUCUAAAAACGCAGAGAAAUGCGUAGAAAAUACUACUCCCUCUGUACCGUAAUAUAGGUCGCUGGAGUAGCUAACCUAUAUUACGGAGUACUAGAGUAGUAUCCUUGCUUACCAAAAGGCAGCGUGUAUCUCCGCUCCUUAUCUGCUCUGCUCAGGUUCGGCCUCGGCGUGUCGCCUUGCUCGAAAUCACCAUCGCCCUCCACUUGGAUGCUCUUUAUACAAAACCAUGCCGCAUACACGCGUUGACCGCGACGUUGCCGGCGGCCUUCAACCAUGCACCACUUCCCUCUCUAUAUAUGCUGCUGCCUCGCCCAUCACACAUUGUAAACCGGCUUGGAUCUAUCAUGGGCCAAAGGGAUUCAUCAUCAAAUAACACAGCAGGACAAGAUGAGGCAACAAUCCAGUUACCUGUUAGGAGAGCCGCCAUGUUAUUCAUGUCAGGUCAAGUAAAUUAAACGCGGAAUUAACAUAACAGACCAUCCAUCAAGGACUUGAUCAACAACGACUGCUAGUAAGUAGUAGAUUAACACGCCCCGCCCGGUUAGGACAAGUAACUAAUCAUGGAUGACUGCUAACUACCAUGAACGCGAGGUCAACUUACCGACAGGCGAUCCCUGCCGAAAAUGUCAAAGGUGUGAACGUGGACGGCGUUGUGCCGGAUAGGGCAAUAGCAGCCAAUCCUUGACCCAUUUCUUUUUCCUUGGCCCGAGAGCGAGAGAGAGAGAGAUAUCAUCAAACAAAAAGGAGCGCCCCCGUUCCUCUCGUGCUCUUUCUUCACCAGCCCGCCCAUUCUCAUUGGCUCCCCCUUGCCAGCUUCCUCACAAAGCCAUGCAGAUGCAGCCACACCGUUGCCCGGACAGCAGGCCCCUGCCGCUCCUGCUGCUGCUCCUCCUCGCCUCCUUGGCCUCUCCGGCAAGCUCCUGCACGGAGCAGGAGAGGAGCUCCCUCCUCCGGCUCCUCGCUGGGUUCUCGCGGGACGACGGGCUCGCGGCGGCGUGGCGGAGGGACACGGACUGCUGCUCGUGGGAGGGGAUCGCCUGCGCCGGUCCCGAUGGGGCGGUCACCGAUGUUUCGCUGGCUUCUCGGGGCCUCGAGGGGUCCAUCUCGCCGUCCUCGCUUGGCAACCUCACCGGCCUCCUGCACCUCAACCUGUCGCGCAACUCGCUGUCCGGCGGCUUGCCGCUGGAGUUGGUGUCGUCGAGCAGCAUCGUCGUCCUUGACGUCAGCUUCAACCUUCUCACAGGAGGGCUGAGCGAUCUGCCACCAUCGACACCUGCGCGGCCUCUGCAGGUACUCAACAUCUCGAGCAACCUGUUUACAGGAAGGUUUCCAUCCGCUAUAUGGGAGGGGAUGAAGAGCCUGGUCGCGCUCAAUGCCAGCACCAACAGCCUUACCGGGCGGAUACCAACUGCCCCCUGUGUGAGCGCGCCAUCUUUGGCGGUGCUCGACCUCAGUUUUAACGAUUUCAGUGGAAACAUCCCUCCAGGGCUCAGUAACUGCUCCGCGCUGAAACUGUUUGGCGCUGGAUACAACAACCUCGUUGGGACUCUUCCCGACGGGCUCUUCAAAGUUACCUCGCUAGAGCACCUCUCUUUACCUAGCAAUGGUUUAGAAGGAGCUAUCAAUGGCAUCGGCAAGCUCACGAAUCUGGUCACCAUUGAUCUUGGGGGGAAUGAGCUCAGCGGCAGUAUUCCAGAGUCCAUAGGUGACCUCAAGAGAUUGGAGGAGCUGCAUUUGGAGCACAAUAACAUGUCAGGGGAGCUGCCAUCAGCUCUCAGCAACUGCACUAAUCUCGUAACAAUUGACCUCAAGAGCAACAACUUCAGUGGAGAACUUACCAAGGUCAACUUCACAGGCCUGCCCAAUCUAAAAGUUUUAGAUCUUCUCUACAACAAUUUAACAGGCACAGUUCCAGAAAGCAUAUACUCCUGCAGUAGGCUGACUGCACUACGGCUAUCCAGUAACAAUUUCCAUGGCCAGUUGUCAGAAAGAAUAGGUAAUCUGAAGUCUCUCUCGUUCCUAUCACUUGCUAAAAACAACCUUACAGAUAUCACAAGAACACUUCAGAUCCUUAGGAGCUGCAAGAGCCUCACCACCCUUCUUCUUGGAUUCAACUUCAUGCAUGAGGCCAUGCCACAGGAUGUCAAUACUGAUGGUUUUGACAAUCUCCAGGUCUUUUCCAUGAAUGAUUGUUCAUUGUCUGGAACAAUUCCUCAUUGGUUAUCAAAGCUACCCAACUUGGGGAUGCUGUUUUUACACAACAAUCACCUCACUGGGUCAAUACCUGACUGGAUCAGCAGCUUAAACUUGCUCUUCUAUCUAGACAUAACAAACAACAGGCUUGCAGGGGAAAUUCCCAGUGACUUAAUGGAGAUGCCAAUGCUAAAGUCAGACAAAACUGCACCAAAGGUCUUUGAGCUGCCUGUUUAUAAUAAGAGUCCAUAUAGGCAAUAUCUCAUGCCCAGUGCUUUUCCCAAAGUACUGAAUCUAGGGAUAAAUAACUUCACUGGCAUGAUACCUCAGAAGAUUGGUCAGUUGAAAGGACUCAUUUUCCUCAACCUGAGCUCUAACCAACUAUCUGGAGAGAUCCCAGAAGCGAUCUGCAACCUCACGAGCCUGCAGACGCUCGACUUGUCUGGUAAUCAUCUCAUUGGUAAAAUUCCAGCUGCAUUAAGCAAUCUGCACUUCCUUUCAAAAUUCAACAUUUCCAAUAAUGACCUGGAAGGGUCUAUUCCAGCUGUGGGCCAGCUUAGCACGUUUCCAAAUUCUAGCUUUGAUGGCAACCCAAAAUUGUGCGGUCAUAUGCUUGUAAACCAUUGCAGCUCAGCAAAAACACCUCCGAUCACCCAGAGAAGAAAGAAAAAGAAGGGUGUUUUUGCACUUGCAUUUGGUGUAUUUUUUGGAGGGGUGGCCAUUCUUUUCUUGCUGGCUCGUCUCCUUUUCUUGCUCAGGGGCACAAGUUUCUUGACCAAAAGGUGGAGCAACAACAACAAUGACAUAGAGGCGACAUCUUCAAACCUCAAUUCAGAAUACUCCUUGGUGAUGGUUCCACGAGGCAAGGGAGAACAAAACAAACUCACCGUCGCCGAUCUCCUGAAGGCUACAAAGAACUUUCACAAGGAUCAUAUCAUUGGCUGUGGAGGUUAUGGGCUGGUCUACAAGGCUGAGCUACCUGAUGGCUCAAAGGUCGCCAUAAAAAAGCUUAACAGCGAAAUGUGUCUGAUGGAAAGGGAAUUCAGUGCAGAGGUUGAUGCACUCUCCAUGGCGCAGCAUGACAAUCUUGUACCAUUCUGGGGCUACUGCAUACAGGGAGAUUCAAGACUACUGAUAUACUCCUACAUGGAGAACGGCAGCCUGGAUGAUUGGCUUCACAACAGGGACACCGAUGACAACCCAUUUCUUGACUGGCCGAUCCGGCUGAAGAUUGCACAAGGAGCAAGCCAGGGUCUAUCUUACAUCCAUGAUGGAUGCAAGCCUCACAUUGUUCACCGUGACAUCAAGUCGAGCAACAUACUACUAGAUAAAGACUUCAAAGCUUAUGUUGCAGAUUUUGGGCUCUCCAGAUUGAUCUUUCCCAACAGAACUCAUGUUACCACUGAGUUGGUCGGUACUCUCGGUUACAUCCCCCCAGAGUACGGGCAAGGAUGGGUGGCUACACUGAGAGGUGAUAUGUACAGUUUUGGAGUGGUCCUGCUUGAACUUGUCACGGGGAGGCGGCCUGUUCAUAUCUGUCCCAGGUCAAAAGAGCUUGUCAAGUGGGUACAGGAGAUGAGAUCCAAAGGGGAGCAGAUUGAAGUACUCGAUCCAGCGCUUCGAGGCACAGGAUAUGAAGAGCAGAUGCUGAAGGUGGUUGAAGUUGCUUGCCAGUGCGUCAACCACAAUCCUGGAAUGAGGCCAGCAAUACAGGAGGUAGUAGCUUUCCUGAACAGCAUAGAUGCUAACCUUCAGAGGCAAAAUUCAGCUAGUUCACAAUGUAGAUAGCAAUGUAUUUUAUUUUUUGCGGGGGAAUGUGUCUAUCUAGUGGAGUACAUAGCAAAUUAUGCUGCAAUACACAAGUAGAUUAGUAGACUGUAUAGUCUAUGCAACAGAGCCACUGGUUCUGUUCUGACUGGCCUCAUUAGUUCUUUUGUACAGACUACAGACUGUGACACUCCGGUAUACGGAAAUCUUGUAAUUCGUCUCCGCUUUCCCUCUUGGCAACACAAACUGUGUGUGCCAUGAGUAAUGAUAAUGAGCAGUUUGCUCGGUUCAUCGAUCUCCAA